GUUGUUUUUUCGCUGCCGCUGUCAUCACUCCACUUUUGUGCAUAAGAAGCCACCACUAAUUUUUGUUUCUUCGAUAACUUUUUCAGGUCAGUUAGUCCAUUUACCACAACUGUCGGAAAUAAAAUAAUGGUUCAUCGUGACGUGAUUCAGUGGAUUUCUGUGUGUUUCCUAGUAAUUGUGUUCCGGAAGUUCCAUUAAAUAUCUUGUAGUGAUCCAGAGUUCCGCACUGAAAUUCGAAGAAAAUCUGGAUCAGCUUAUGUCGUGAGGUGGAUCUCGGUAAAAGGAUGGAAAUGACUGUGUGUGAAUACUAGUUUUCUGUGUGCGUCUUUCUCUUCAUUACUGCUGGCCGGAAUGGUUUGAGAAAUGCAAUAAGAAAGGAAUAAAAAAAUCCAAUCAAUAACGGCGAAAAGUGAAGUGAUUCCUUGGUUGGAGGAGUGCUGCAUAGAUAAGUGGUUACAGAUUUAACUUGCCCAAAAAUGUUAUUUCAAAUGUGAAAAUCUUAAUAAAUCGUGCGGUAAGAAAGGCCCGCGCACAAUUGGUGGAAGGCGGGGUAACAAUCUGGAAAAGUAGCAGAUAUAUUGUGUUGGGUUAACUAGGAUGGCCACUACCGGUGCAUCGGGAGCUCCUGCUCGCAACGGCAUCAAGGACGCAAACGGGCCCCGAGUGGUAACAAUUCACAAGACGGAAACCGGUUUCGGAUUUAAUGUUCGUGGCCAGGUCAGCGAGGGUGGUCAAUUGCGAUCGAUCAAUGGGGAAUUGUACGCCCCGCUGCAGCAUGUCAGUGCCGUGUUGGAUAAUGGUGCCGCGGAGUUGGCCGGCAUCAAAAAAGGCGACCGGAUUCUGGAAGUGAAUCACGUCAAUGUCGAAGGUGCUACUCACAAGCAAGUGGUUGAUCUCAUCAAAUCAGGCGGAGAUACGUUGACGCUAACAGUAAUAUCAGUUACUCAACAGGAAGCAGAACGGCUUGAACCAACUGACGAUCCUGGUGGGUAUUCCUACAUUGACUACUCUGAAAAACGCAGUCUACCGAUAAGCAUUCCCGACUACAACAUCAUUCAUCGAGGCAGCGAACGUUUUGUGGUGUUUAACAUUCACAUGGCCGGGCGGCAGUUGUGUUCCCGUCGAUAUCGAGAAUUUUCCAACCUCCAUCAGGCACUGAGAAAGGAUUUCACGGGAUUCAAUUUCCCCAAACUACCCGGAAAGUGGCCAUUCCAGCUUAGUGAACAGCAACUGGACGCACGACGACGCGGCUUGGAACAGUAUCUGGAAAAAGUAUGCGCCGUGCGUGUGAUCGCCGAAAGCGAUGCGGUGCAGGAGUUUCUCACCGAUUCGGAGGACGACAUUGUGGCCUCCCCGGUCGACAUCAAAAUUAUGCUACCGGAUCACAAUGUUGUGACUGUAUCGGUGCGCAAAUCUGCCAAUGCGCAGCUGGUCUGGGAACAAUUGGUACAACGAGCGAGUCUGACCUCGUAUACACAGCAAUAUUUUUACAUGUUUGAGAUUGUCGAGUAUAACUUCGAGCGGAAGCUGCAACCGCACGAGAUUCCCCAUCAACUGUAUGUUCAGAACUAUAGUACGGCAUCGAGCACCUGCCUAUGUGUCCGUCGAUGGCUAUUUUCUAUCGAGCGGGAAAUGACACUGCCCACCGGGGAGCAAGCUGCCAAGUACAUAUUCUACCAGGCCGUUGACGAGGUGAACCGGGGAAACAUCCGUGCUGAUGGGCGCCUCUAUGAACUGAAAGCCCUACAGGAUUCCAAAAAAGCGGACGAAUAUCUGACGCUAGCGCGAACCCUGCCCGGUUACGGGGACGUCGUGUUUCCGCAUUGCGCCUGCGAUAGCCGCAAGGAAGGUCACGUCGUACCGGCUAUCGGUAUGAAGAGCUUCAGGCUGCAUGCCUGCCGAGAGGACGGUGCCUUGGAGGCGCAAACUGUGGAAUUGCAAUGGAACACCAUUUCGCGCUGGGAAAGCGACGAAGAAUCGAUGGCAUUCUGCUUCCAGUACAGUAGAUCUGACAAACCUCCGCGGUGGGUGAAGGUCUUUACGCCAUAUCACGCAUUUUUGGCGGAUUGUUUCGAUAGGAUAAUGGAAGAACGAUCAUGGGAUGACACUGGAGAGUAAGUCACUUGACGGAUAUCCGACUGUGUAAAAGCUUUUGGACACGACGAAGGCGCAGAAUAGUAUAGCAAUUAGACAAAUUAUAUAUCAUCUAAUAUAAUUUAUUUGUGAAAUGAUCAGCAGGUUCCAUUAACAAAUCCGAAUAUUGACGUAAAGCAGGAUUGAAUUAUAGUGGUUAAAAGUGACGGCAUUUUCUGUUGCUCCAAAUUAUAAAAAUCGAUGUUGUUCAAGUGGAGAAAGGAAACAGUCUAUAUUUUAUUAUAACCAAAACUUUUUCAAAAAAAGUAUAAUUUUCAAGUAUUCGAAUGGUUUUGCCUAAUAACUAACGUAAACUAAUUUGUAAUCUUGACGUCCUAACAAGGAAAGUAUAUGUGAUUUUAUCAAUCAAAAA